AUGUCGGCAGCACCAUCGACAGCACCGUCUUCACCUGGUGCUUGUACAAAAUCUGCUACGACAGACAUGUCAUCUGUGACGACUGCAUUGUCAGAGGUGGACGCCUCGCUAUCACCCGAAGAGCGUCAAAAGAAAGUCGAACAGGUCAAGUUUGCUGGCAACCAACGUUUCAUGAGGGGCGACUAUACCGAGGCUAAGGCUUUGUACACUCAAGCCAUUGCCUUAGACCCAUCGCUCAUCACAUUGUAUAGCAACCGAGCUAUGUGCGAACUCAAGCUAGAACAACAUGGACUUGCUGUUGCCGAUGCUACCAAGGCGAUUGAGCUGGAUCCCAAGUUCGCCAAGGCAUACUACCGCCGAGCCAGCGCACACCUAUCAAUUCUCGAGCCAAAGAAAGCAUUACCCGAUUUAAAGAUGGUUCUCAAGCUUGAUCCGCGCAAUGCUCAAGUGAAAGCACAGCUAGAUGCAACGUCCAAACUUGUCCGCCGUUUAGAAUUCGAAAAAGCUAUCCGUGUUGAAGAAGGCCCAGCCGCUAGUCAGACUAUCGAAGAGUAUUUGGAGCAUGGAAUGGGUGGUGCGGCCGUCUCUUCUGACUACACUGGUCCACGACUGCCCACGGAAGCUACAAGCAGCCAACGCAUUUCGCCGCUGAUUGAAGACAAACCUUAUCUCGGUCGCAUCGAUGACGCAUUUAUUGAUAAAAUGAUCCAGCAUUUCCGAGAUGGAAAACAACUGCCAAACGGGAUCGCGUGGGCUAUCGUGCUUGGAGCCCUUCGUGCGUUUGAGCAAGAGCCAUCUCUCGUGGAAUACACUGUACCUGAAGGCACGACGAUUGACGUUGUGGGUGACACACAUGGACAAUUUUACGACUUCCUUCAUCUCUUGACACUAACAGGUCGUCCCUCUGCAAGUCAUGCUGUCCUAUUUAAUGGCGACUUUGUGGACCGUGGUUCAUGGUCUGUUGAAAUUGCCUUGACCAUCUUUGCUUUCAAAUGGUUAUACCCAUCUACGACUUUGAUUAACCGCGGCAACCACGAAACAAGUGACAUGAACAAGGUCUACGGCUUUGAAGGAGAGUGCAAGGCCAAGUUUGGCGGUGACAUGACAUUCAAGCUUUUCACUCAAGCGUUUGUUGCUAUACCACUUGCUACGCUUAUAUCUGCAUCUCGUUCACCUUUGCCAACGGAUAAGCUUCCUGCUACCGCCAGUAAAUCGCUCGCCCAGACCGCACCAAUUGUUGACAAGGAGACUGGUCACAAACGCUUCUUCGUGGUUCAUGGCGGUCUCUUUAGCAAGGACAACGUCACACUUAGUGACAUCCGAGCCGUUGACCGUUUUGCCAAGAAACAGCCAGGGCAAGAGGGUCUCAUGAUGGAGCUGCUAUGGAGUGAUCCUCAGGUUGCGCAUGGCCGCGGGCCUAGCAAGCGAGGUGUUGGUCUCGGUUUUGGUCCUGACAUUACCCGUGCAUGGUGUAAGCUCAACGGGGUCACUUCCGUGUUGCGGAGUCAUGAAGUCCGUCAGGGGGGUUUUGCUGAGGAGCAUGAGGGUCUGUGUUGCACCGUGUUCUCAGCGCCCAACUACUGCGACUCUACGGGCAACCUAGGUGCCUUCGGACGCAUCGAUGAGCAAGGCACACUGUCGUGGACAACGUUCGAUGCCCAGCCGCAUCCGAAUAUCCGGCCCAUGGCAUAUGCAGGUGGCAUGAGUAGUCUUUUGGCGUAG